GAUUGCCGUUGCAGUUCCUUUGCCAAGAAUGAAGAAGGCUGGCCCUAACUCAGCAACAGUAUAGCCGUGUGUGCGUUGAGCUGGUGAUGGUGGUGCAUUCCAGACGCAGAAGCAUUGCUGCCCCAUGUCCUGACGGCCCGGCGUCGGCGAUCCUCGCGCGGCGGAGACAGAGAGGCGUGGGGGCGCUUGCGCGGGGCAUGUGAGCGCGCGGGCGCAGCCGCGGCAUGCCGGGCGGGCGCCGGGGGCUCGUGGCCCCGCAGAACACCUUCCUCGAGAACAUCAUCCGCCGCUCCUCCAGCCAGCCAGACAGCAGCUUCCUGCUGGCCAACGCUCAGAUAGUGGACUACCCCAUUGUGUACUGCAACGAGACCUUCUGCAAGAUGAGCGGCUACAACCGCGCCGAGGUGAUGCAGAAGUCAUGCCGCUGCGCGUGGAUGUACGGCGAACUGACAGAGAAGGAGGCGGUGGAGCGUGUGGACCGCUCGCUCGACCACCACCUGGCGGACCAGUUCGAGAUACUGCUCUAUAAGAAGAACCGAACCCCACUAUGGCUGCUGGUGCACGUGGCGCCGAUCCGCAACGAGCGCGAGCUGGUGGUGCUGUUCCUGCUCACCUUCCGGGACAUCACGGCCCUCAAGCAGCCCAUCGACCAGGACGACCCCAAGGGAGCGGGGCUGUCAAAAUUCGCGAAGCUGGCGCGCUCCGUGACGCGCUCGCGCUCCGUGCUGGUGUCAGCGCUGCCGGCCCUCAAGGAGCCGCAGCGGCAGAGCCACCUCGCGCAUGUCAGUACACAACCCCACCAUGUGAUGUCGCUGUCCGGCGACGUGCUGCCGCAGUACCGGCAGGAGGCGCCCAAGACCCCUCCGCACAUCCUGCUGCACUACUGCGCCUUCAAGGCCAUCUGGGACUGGAUCAUCCUCUGCCUCACCUUCUACACGGCAAUCAUGGUCCCCUACAACGUAGCCUUCAAGAACAAAACCUCCGAAGAUGUCUCCUUGUUGGUUAUCGACUCCAUCGUCGACGUCGUCUUCUUCAUCGACAUCGUGCUCAACUUCCAUACGACGUUCGUCGGCCCCGGCGGAGAGGUCGUCAGCGACCCCAAGGUCAUCCGCAAGAACUACUUCAAGUCGUGGUUCCUCAUCGACCUGCUGUCGUGCCUGCCGUACGACGUAUUCAACGCGUUCGACCACGACGAGGACGGCAUCGGCAGCCUGUUCUCGGCGCUGAAGGUGGUGCGGCUGCUGCGGCUCGGGCGCGUGGUGCGCAAGCUGGACCGCUACCUGGAGUACGGCGCGGCCAUGCUGAUCCUGCUGCUGUGUUUCUACAUGCUGGUGGCGCACUGGCUGGCGUGCGUGUGGUACAGCAUCGGGCGCUCGGAUGCCGACUCGGGCCUGCAGUACUCGUGGUUGUGGAAGCUGGCCAACGUGACGCAAACGCCGUACUCCUACGUGUGGUCCAACGAGUCGGACGGGCCCGAGCUGGUGAACGGGCCCUCGCGCAAGACCAUGUACGUGACGGCGCUCUACUUCACCAUGACCUGCAUGACCUCCGUGGGCUUCGGCAACGUCGCCGCCGAGACCGAUAACGAGAAGAUCUUCACCAUCUGCAUGAUGAUUGUAGCAGCGCUGCUGUACGCGACCAUCUUCGGGCACGUCACCACCAUCAUCCAGCAGAUGACGUCGGCGACGGCCAAAUACCACGACAUGCUCAACAACGUGCGCGAGUUCAUGAAGCUGCACGAGGUGCCGAAGGCGCUCAGCGAGCGCGUCAUGGACUACGUGGUCUCCACUUGGGCCAUGACUAAAGGGCUGGACACGGAUAAGGUGCUGAACUACUGCCCGAAGGACAUGAAGGCUGAUAUCUGCGUGCACCUGAACCGGAAGGUGUUCAACGAGCACCCGGCCUUCCGGCUGGCGAGCGACGGCUGCCUGCGGGCGCUGGCCAUGCACUUCCACAUGUCGCACUCUGCGCCCGGGGACCUGCUGUACCACACCGGCGAGUCCAUAGACUCGCUGUGCUUCAUUGUGACGGGCAGCCUCGAGGUCAUACAGGAUGAUGAGGUCGUGGCUAUACUAGGCAAGGGCGACGUGUUCGGCGACUCGUUUUGGAAGGACAGCGCAGUGGGCCAGUCAGCGGCCAAUGUCCGUGCGCUGACGUACUGUGACCUGCACACCAUCAAGCGCGACCGGCUGCUGGAGGUGCUGGACUUCUACCAGGCCUUCGCGAACAGCUUCGCGAGGAACCUCACGCUGACUUACAAUCUGAGACAUCGACUUAUUUUCCGCAAGGUGGCAGACGUGCGUCGCGAGCGCGAGCUGAUGGAGCGACGCAAACGCGAGCCCCAACUCGAGCAAGCACAGGACCACCUCGUGCGCAAGAUAUUCUCGCGCUUCCGUCGCGAGCGCAGCGUCGCCGCCGCGCCCGCGCCGCGGCCGUCACUCGCGCCGGCGCCGUCUAGUGACGCCGAGCGCGGCGAGCCGGCGACCGCGCCGACGACGGCGCCGGCGCCCGCCGCCGCGGCCGCUCGAGGCAAAUGGGGCCGCCUACUCGCUGGCGGCUCUUUAGAUGCGGGCGACGCGCCGCGCGCCGCUUUCACGCGCAGCCUUAGCGCGCGCGACCGGCCUUCGCUCGCCGCGGCCGUCGCUCCUACCCCGGCGACGACAACUGUCGCCACCACGACUGCUCCCGUUACUACCCUAUCCUUUAAAGCGACGUUUGCAAAGGCGCGAUCGGCGAGCGCCCUCAGUGCCUUAGGGGGCAGCGCCGGCGGCGGGCGGCAGGACACGAUCGAGGAGGAGCUGGAGGAGCGCAAGCCCGCGCCGGCGCCCGCCCCCGCGCCCGCCCCUGCCCCCGCCCCCGCCCCCGCCCCCGCCCCCGCCCCCGCCCCUACGGCGGCGGCCACGGCGGCGGCGGCGUCGGCGCACGAGGCCGCGCUGGCGGAGUUGCGCCGCGAUGUACGGACGGAGGUGCAACGGUUACAGCAGAAGUUGGGUCGCGUAGAGGAGUUGCUGACGGCGUUAGCGACGCGGCUAGGCGCCGACGCCGGCGAUGGCGACGAACCGCGCCCGCCGGCCGACACCGCCGCGAGGAAACGGAGGUCGAAGGCGCGGAGCAAGGGCGCAGCGCCAGCAGUCCCGACGCCGACGACGCCGGGCAGCCCGCCGGGCGCGGGCUCGGCGUCGGCGUCGGCGUCGGCGUCGGCGUCGGCGGCGACGACGGCGGCGGCGCGCCGGCGCGACUUCGUGUAGCGCGCCGCGGCGCCCGGCGCCGAUGUCCGCCGGGCGCCCCGAGACCCUGAAACUCCUCUGUAAAAUAUCUCGUGAUAUGACUGUUAGUGCGUCGCGCGCCGAUACGAUAUCAGACGUAUCGGAGCAGAAAAUGUAUUUAAUUAUUCGCUUUUCACAUUGCCCGAUAUCGAUACGGCGACCAUGACGGAGGUCUGGCGGUUAAAGGAUAUUUUGUUUGGG